AUGCCCGACACAAGCCGAGACGAUGCAAUCCACCUUGUCAACGUUUUCACGUCGGAUACCGGAGGCGGGAACCUCGCGCCCAUUGUUCUCCGUGCCGAAGGUCUGACGGACGAGGACAUGCGCGGCCUCGCGCGGAAGCACGAGCGGGAAAGCGCGUUCGUGCUGCCACCACCCCCGCCGUCACCAGAGGAUGGUUCGGACGUGGAUUUCCAGCUAAGGUUCUUUGUGCCGGAGCACGAGAUGGAGAUGUGCGGCCACGCAACCGUGGGCACAGCCUGGGCCAUGCACGAGCUGGGCGUCUCGCAGAAGCCGGAGCUCAGGUUCACAACCAAGUCCGGGCCCGUGCGCACCGUGCGCCGAGUGGAGCGAGGGGACGGGCUCGCCGCGCAGAAGGUCAAGGUGUUUGUGUCGCAGCCCAAAGGCACGGUCGAGGACGUCGUGGACGGGGAACUGGUCGCGGAAGUUCUCUCCGUGCUGGGCAUCACCGAGGCACAGCUGCAGCAGACGACGCCGCGCCCGGUCCGGAACGCUUGCACGAGCCGCGUGAAGACGACGGUUGCGCUGCGCAGUGCAGACGUGCUGAACAGUCUGCGGCCUGAUUUUUCGCGCGUCAGGGAUCUUUGCGAAAAGUUGGGGUCUACGGGCUUGUAUCCCUAUGCGAUCGUGCAGCCAGGGAGCACCAACAGUGCCAGCGGCGGCCAGCUUGUCCAGGUCGAGGCCCGGCAGUUCCCCAAGGCUUCGGGAUAUCCCGAGGACGCGGCCACGGGGAUCGCGGCAGCGGCGUUGUCCUAUGCUCUUGCGGCAAAUGGAGUGCUCGGCGUUGGGCAGGAGGCGGUGGUUUAUCAGGGACGAGCGAUGGGCUACCCUUCGCAGAUCAACGUGCUGCUGGAAGAGGACGGGUGCUGGGUCGGCGGGACAUGUGCGUGGGAGCACCAGUCCACUUGA